CGGAUGACGACAACGAGUGGUAUCGAGCUGCGGCCGUACCAGAAGACUGCCGUGGCGAGGUCACUGGCGGCGUUUGCAAGCGGGGUGCGGCGGCAGGUAGUCUCGCUACCGGUCGGCUCGGGCAAGACGGUCAUCUUUGCGGCCCUGCUGGACGCCCUGCCGCCGCCGACGCCUAAAGCGACCAAGACACUUGUCCUUGCGCACCGGGUGGAGCUGCUGCAGCAGGCGCGCGACCGCAUCGCGGACGCUCAUCCAACGCUGCGGGUAGAGAUCGAGCAGGGCGAGGCGAACGCGUCGCGCGACGCCGACGUUGUCGUCGGUUCGGUGCCGACGCUCGGCAGGGCAUCGCAGGCGGCGCAACUGCGGCUCAAGUAUUUCGAUCCAGCCGAAUUCAAGCUAAUCAUCAUUGACGAGGCACACCAUGCCACAGCGCCGACGUACACCCGCAUCCUGGACCACUUUGGCCUUGCCAAAGACUCUGACGAGGGACUAGCCGUACCGGGCCCGCCGCCAACUGCGCCCACACUGCUAUGGGGCUGCUCGGCGACGGUGCGGCGGCACGACGGGCUCGGGCUUGGCGCCGUCUUUGAUGCCAUCACCUACCACCGCUCAAUGCUCGAGAUGAUGGACGAAGGCUGGCUCGCGCCGCUCAAGGUUUUUACCGUCAAGACCACCACCGAUUUGUCUGCGGUCAAGUCGUGGGGCGGCGACUUUGCGCUCAGCCACCUCGCAGCGCACGUCAACCGGCCAGAUCGCAACGCCAUUCUCCUCGAGAACUGGCUUGCGUUGGCAGCGGCGCCGCCGGCCGGCCUCACCCUCUCGUCGACGCUCGUCUUUGCCGUCGACGUCCAGCACAUCCUCGACCUACAGGCGGCGUUUGCCGCCGAAGGCAUCGACGCACGGUAUGUCCACGGCAUGACGCCACCUGCAGAACGCGCCGCCCUGGUCGACGCCUUUCGAGCCAAGGAGUUUCCGGUGCUCAUCAACUGCGGCGUCUUCACCGAGGGCACCGACAUCCCAAUCAUCGACUGCGUCGUCCUCGCACGGCCAACAAAGUCACAAGGGCUGUUCCAGCAAAUGCUGGGGCGUGGCCUCCGGACGGCGCCUGGCAAGACCGCGUGUAUUGUGCUUGAUGUCGUUGACAGUUUUGCCAACAAGGCCAAGUCGCGUGGCCUGGUGACCCUCCCGUCACUUCUCGGCCUCGCGCCCGAUUUUGCGCUGGUGAACCAAGACCUGGCGCAGCUGGCGCGCGACCUCGCGCCACUGGACGAUCUUCCGCUCGGGCCGUCGGUCCGCGAAGCGGCGUCGAUGGACGAGCUUCGGCUUGUGCGCGAGCUCGAGCUUGCGCGGGUCGAUCCGUUCGACCCGCGGCUGACUCCGGCCACCGCUCACAGCGAGCCCGGUCAUGCUCGCAGCGCCGACGUUGACUCGCAGAUCAUCUUUGAGGUCUCCCAGAAUGCAUGGGCCAAGACUGGGGCGCGGACGUUUGAGCUCUCGCUCGGCACGCCCGCCAUGGGCUCGCUGCACAUCCACCACGAACUAGACCCGGCCCCGGGCUUGUACACCGUCUCGCAAACAUACCGGGUCCCGGACACGUACAUCACCAAGACCCGCGAUCUGCCGCUGACGGCGUCGUCGCUUGAGGAUGCACUUCGCGGCGCAGACACCUACCUCCGCGCCCAGUACCCGGGCAUGUUUUCGGUCUUUAAGCGCAACGCGCCAUGGCGCAACGGCCCGGCCUCCGACGCCCAGAAGAAGUAUCUCGUCCGCCUCGGCUUUCUCAAGGCGCGCAGCCAAGCCGAGCUCGAUUGCCUUUCCAAGGGCCAGGCCCAGCUUGUCAUCUCGCGUAUCAAGCAAUAUCACGCCGAUGCCAAGUCGUUUGGCCUCUCGCCAGCUCUUCCUGGCCUUGCCGCCACCAAGUGACCGAAGCCCACAAGCACCCAAUCAAGCGAUGCCCCCUCCCCUCUUGUCGCCAUGAUGGCCCCCCUAAAAAAACGUCGCUGCG